AUGUCCCACUCACCAAAUUCAAACAACGAUCAGGCCUCGACCAACUACAAGGAAGCUUUUUCCCUCUUCGACAAGCGUGGCACCGGCAAGGUCGCUCUCGAGUCGCUGGGCGACCUUUUGCGGGCAUGUGGCCAGAACCCCACUCUGGCUGAGAUUAGCGACUUGGAGCAGACAAUCGGCGGUGAUUUCGACUUCGAGUCUUUCAUCAAAGUCCUCAACCGACCGGGUGGUUUCCGUGACCCUGGCGAGCCGGAGGAGUAUUGCCGUGGAUUCCAGGUGUUUGAUAAGGAUAUGACUGGAUUUAUUGGUGUCGGACAGCUGCGUUACAUCCUCACAAAUCUCGGAGAGAAGAUGUCGGAUGACGAGGUGGACGAGCUUCUCAAGGCGGUUGACACCAGCUCCGGCGAGAUCAACUACACUGACCUCGUCCGUACCAUUCUCGCCAACUGA